UGUGGAUGCAAUUUUGAUUGUUGUGAUAUUUGUUUUCGCGAGAAUAGCCAAAAACCGGAGAUCGAUUAGCAGAAGAAGCGAUUUGUUUAGUGUUUAGUGUUUAGUGGUUGACGGUAGUGGCGCUAAUUGACAGUUCCGCUCCGUCAGUGGAGAGGCCACAGAACGAACGAGCUGUGGCGGAAAGAAGAGUGUAACAGAAUUAAGAAUGAGAAACUUGUGUGUACAAUCGUUGUACAAUCCUUCCCGAAGUUGUGACCUAUCCACCCCGGUUGAGUCGGAGUCGUCGGCUAGUGAUGUUUUGAUGGUGUGCGUGUUCUGUUUGCCUUGCGUUAACGGGAGCGAUCGAGAGCGAAGAAGAGAGUGAGAAGGCGAAAAUACACAAGAGAGCAGUGUUUCCACUUCGAUCGGACAAGUGAUUGAUGAUUGCUAAGUGUGCAGACGAAACAGAACAAAAGUGAAUAACGAAAUUGAUGAGAAGCUGUGUAACGAUUAUUGUUGUUAUGUUGCAUAUGCACAAUAAAGAGAGCACAUUGUCGGGGUGAUUUCGCGAGUAAAUGCACUAAUUGUUGAUACGAUUCGUUGCGAUAAGUGUUAUUCAGUGACAAAGUGGAAUAAAAUGUAUGCAUGGUGUAAACAUACAAGCAAAAGUGCAUCAAAGAGAUCCGAGAGCACACACAAGGCUAAACAUUUGUUGUGACAUCAGUGCAUGGAAACAUUUUGAACGGUCUUGCGAACGUGUGUAUGUGUGUCGUUAGCUCUCUCUACCAUCCACUCCCUUCGCGUGAGUCCUCGAAACUGUAGUCAAUAGAUGUCGGCUGAGGAGAUAAGCCAGCCGUGCCAAGUGGUGAUGCCUUCUGCCUCCCGAUCCAAUCGAUGAGACUAACGAAAACGGUGAAUACAAAUCGGCGAAAUCCUCGCCAUGUUCUUCUGGCUUGUUUCUGUUGGUGGCUUCGAGACGAAAACGGAAAAAAAUUGCCGUUCAGUGAUUGAAGCAGUUGAAGAUGAGUGAUCCCUGUGACAGCAGUUUGUGUUCGGUUGGGGGUGAGCAUAGUCACAGGAAAGUGGACGUUCGACUGCGAUAAAAAUUGAGAAAAAAAAAACUCGCGCGAGUGUGGUGUCCUGUGCAUCUAUGUGUGCGAGUGUGUCCGUGUACAAUACUGGAAGAAGACAGGCGGGUUGUGACCGUGUUUCGGAAGAGAAGCGCAUAGGGGGCCUACUUGGGGACUGACCAGCCUUAAUAAGUUUGUGGAACACGCGCUCGCGAGCGUGCUACCACAAGUGCCAACUUGGAAGUCUGUAUGGAUGCGGGAGGUCUCCCAGUAUUUCCGGGUGCCAAUCAGGCCAAUCACCUGAACAGUCUCCACCUGCAGCAGCAACAACAACAGCACCAGCAGCACCACUUGCAGCAGAAUCAACAGCUGACUCUGCAGCAGCAGCAGCAAAUGCAGCUGAUCAACAGCCAACAUCUCCAGCAGCAACAGCAUCUUCACCUCCAACAGCAACAGCAACAGCAGCAACAAGUGCCGGGAGAUCUUAUCCCCUCGAAACGACAGGUUGCAUUUGCUCGGCUCAAGCGGCGGAUCGAGACCUAUCGGCGGAGGCAAACCGAUAGUACGCCACGGUUCGAACAGACGUUCAGUGGGGUUUGCGAGCAGCAAGCGUCCGAAACAAGUGCCCUGCGGAAGAAGCUUCUCGAGGCUAACAAUAAACGGGCGCCGAAAAAGACGGAGAAAAAGCAGUCCGAGCAGCAGCAGCCGACCCAGACGACGAUUGCCGGCAAUUUGCAGAGUAGUGUUCAUGUGCAACAAAAAUUCCUGAAAAGACCAUCAGACGACGUCGACCCCGUCACCGACUCGUACGAACCACCGGUCAAGCUUCAGCACAACGGCUCGGAGAAUUUGACCAAGUUCUCGGUGGAGAUCGUUCAACAGCUCGAGUUUACGACGUCGGCGGCCAACUCCCAGCCGCAGCAGAUCAGCACGAACGUGACGGUGAAGGCACUGACCAAUGCGUCCGUCAAGAGCGAGGGUUCCAGUCCAUCAGUCCACCAGCAGCAGCAGCAGCAGAGCCAGCAGGGACAAGGUCCUGGAGGUGGUGGCGGAGGAAAUGGGAACGGUAAUGGUGGACCAUCCGGAGGUGGAAACAACCCAGCGCAAUCCCCACACCUGCAUGACCUUGGCCACAUCGUGGACUUCAAGCAGGAGCCAGAGAACGAAUUCGCUGACCUGUCGGCGGCCCUCGAGAAGGACGCGGCUGCUAAUGGGCAUUUCCCGGGCCUGUCGGACCUCAUCGGUGACGACACGAACGACGAGAGCGACACGUUCAAGGAUCUCAUAUCGGACCUGUCGGACUUCCAUUCCGAUUUCCUGGACUUUGAGGAGAAACCACAAACUCAGCAGCCCAUGCAGUCGCACCCAUCACAGCAGCAGCAGCAGCAGGGUCCCCAGCAGAUGUUGCAUGCCCAGCAACAGCAACAGAUCGAGGUGAAGCAAGAAACCUGUAUCAAACAAGAACAUCCCAGCCCUGGAAUGUUGGACAAUAUGGGCAUCAAACGAGGCAGUCCUGUAACGCAACAAUUUCCUAACGCCUACAACGACGGCUUGGGGCCGAAGCGGGGUCCCUAUGGAAACCCCCAGAAUGGCCCCAUGUCCGAGUUGUCACCCGCUGCACAAACCCUCAAACAUAUGGCUGAGCAGCAUCAGCACAAAAACGCCAUGGGCAUGGGAUAUCCUCGCGGACCCCAGCCACCAAACCCACAGAGACCACCGUAUUCCGAGUUCAAUCAGUUCUCCAACCAGGACUUUAUGGGCAAUCCUACGGCGGGUGGCGGUGUCGGUGGGGGAGGCGGUGGCACCGGUACCGGGAUUGGGCCUGGAGGAAACCCGGUUGGAAAUCAGUUCCACAAGGGUAACGUGUCACCGUUCCCGGGAGCUGACCUGAUCAAACAAGAGCUCUACUCCCCGCAGAACGAAUUUGAUCUCAAGCCCCAGCUGAAUCGGUUGCCUCCGCAGAUGGGUGGUCCUGGUCAGAAGAUGGGUCCCGGACCGGGCGGAUUCAACAAACCAACUCAACAACAACAGCAGCAGCAACAAUACUCGCCAUACGGAUCGCCAGUCGGGGGAAUGCCUAACCAUGGCAGUCCUCAUGGGCCCGGUUAUAUUCCACCUCGGGGGCCAGGACCUGGAGCUGGCGGCGGAGGAGGUGGUGGCGUGGGAGGUGGCGUUAAUGGUGGCGGUGGUGUUGGUGCCGGAGGAGGCGGAGGAGGCGGUGGCGGAGGUGGUGGCUGUAAUGGAAAUGGUCCAGGAAAUGGCGGUAAUGGUGGCGGCGGUGGCGGUAGUAACGGUGUUCCUCCGAGGGGAGGACCGAUGGGAGGCGCAGCGAAUGCGACGAUGUUGCAGAUGAAGCAGACGCAGCAGUUGCAUAUCAGCCAGCAGGGACCCGGUGGACACGGAAUACAGGUUUCCGCUGGCCAACACUUACAUCUGAGUGGUGAUCUGAAGACGGGCGUUUCGGUGGCUGCCCAGCAAGGGGUAUUCUUCAGCCAACAGCAGCAAACCAAUCAGCAGCAACAAUCUCAGCAGCAGCAACAAGGUCCUCAACAAUCUCAGCAGCCUCCCAACCCGCAGCAGCAGCAACAGCAACCACAACAACAAGCAAAUCCCAAUCAAAACAACCCGAAUGGGGUCGGAAACAACAAUCCGAACGUUGGUGGUGGUGGGCCAAAUCAAAACAAUCCCCAACAGCAGCAGCAGCAAUCAAAUCAAGCACCUCCCAAUUCACAAGAUUGCAUGCCGGAAAACAGACAUUGGACCGAAUACCAACGACGCGGAAGAGUGCUGUCUCAUCAGAAACGGGGCCAGCCACGAUUUUCGUGGCUACAAUUUAGCACUAGACUGGGUAAUGCGGAGAGCGUUACGACGUCCAAGAAAGCUAGAGGAAAUGGAACUAACAAGACUCAAAGAGACAGAGAGUGUUUAGAAGGUUCCUCCAUGGAGUCCCAAUACACCGUGUCGCAGUCGCAGACCAUCAACUUUACGCAGCAAGCUUUGCGACAACGGCAACAACAACAGCAGCAGCAAGGCAAUGGCGUGAUGUCAAACCAAGGCCAACAACAGUCCGGACCUCAGCAGCAAACGGCGGGUCCAAAUGUUCCGAACCCGCAAACCCAACAACAGCAACAAGUUCCUCAGCCCGGUGGUCCAAACUCGGGCAUCUCCACUGGUGGAAUGCCGCACGGUGGACCUAUGGGUCAGAAUCCGAACGUUCCGCUUGGAAUGGGUGGUGGCAUGGGUAUGGGUCCUAACGGGGGUCUCAGCGGGCUCAGUUCAAUGGUAUCCAACUCGAUGGGAGGCGGUGGUGGCCCGGGUGGACAAAUGAUGCACAACAGUAUGGGGGGACCGGGUGGUCCCGGAGGUCCAGGUGGCCCCAUGGGGAUGCGCUACAUGCAGCAGCAACAGAUGAUCCGAGCGCAGGCCAUGCAGCAGCAGAUGGCCGUCGGGGGAAGACCUCCUCCGCCGGAUUACAAAGCGACCCAACAAUCGGGGAAUCCAACCGCUGCGAUGCUUGCGGUACAACAGCAGCAGAUGCUGCAUGCUUCCGGCGGACGUUUUCCAGCGAUGCGAAGAAUCACUCAGCAGCCCAUUCCACCCUCGGGACCGAUGAUGAGGUCACAGCAUCAUUCGGCCUAUAUGCAGCAGCAUGGUCACGGUGCUCCUCGAGGACUCGGUGGAUUUGGUCCCGGUGGUGGUGGAGGUGGGGGUAUUGUUGGCGGUCCAGCAGCAAUGGGUGGUGGGCCGGUUCAGAGGCCGCCAAAUGUGCAGGUUGGUCCUGAGGGUAUGCCCAUGGCUUCGCAGCAAGCCGAGUGGCGACACAUGAUCAUGUCUCAGCAGCAGAGCUUGAAUUUCGCUAGCGGGGGUGGAAAUAUGCGAUCCGGUUUCGGAGGAGUUCCCGGCGGAGCAGGCAAUGCGUUGGGUAUGCCCAACGGGGGACCUGUCGGUCGGAUGGAUCCCUCGGUCGGGGGAGGUGGUGUCCCUACUGGAGGUAUGACUCAGCUCCAGCUGCAGCAGCAAGCAAUGAUGCGACAGCAACAGCAGCAACAACAGCAGAGUAUGGGUAUGUAUCAGUCCCAGGGACAGAUGGCACCAAUGCAGCAGCAGAUCAACAUGAUGCAACAGCAGCAGACAAUGAUGAGUCAGAUGCAGAUGAAUCAGCUUCACAUGAGUCAAACGCAGACGAUGACGAUCCAGCAGCAGCAGCAGCAGCAGCAGCAACAUCAACAAGCAAAUCAGCAACAAUCUGUGAUGAAUUCGUUCAACAAUCCGGGUCUUGGACCGGGCGGUGGUGGACCAGGCCCAGGCGGGAACAACAACACUAGCGGUAGUAAUAAUAACAACGGUAAUAGCAACCCGAACAAUAGCAGUAGUAGCAACGGUCCCAACGGAUCCAACGGCGGCAACAACAACAACAACAACAACAAUUCCUCCGUGAUGCCCAACGCGGACUUUAGUUUGGAGUUCCUGGAAAAUCUUCCGGUGGGCGAUCCGAGCCAGUUCAACGCUCAGGAUUUGCUCAGCUCGCUGGACAAUGACAAUUUUAACAUCCAAGACAUUUUGUAAAAGUCUGGGCAAUCGAUCUCGAAACACAACACAACGAGAGUGCGACCGACGAAGAGCCUAAGGCUCGUUUCCAAAUAUGGGAGGGAAGGGUUUGCAUCCAAGCAGGCGGACCUUGUUCGCAAAAGUGGCGUAUUUAUUGAAAGUGAAUCAAAAAAAAAAACUAGCGAAAAGAAGACGAAUCAAAACAAACUCAUUACUCAUUACAACAAAAGAAGGGAGAAAAGAAGAUGAAUAACUCUUGUACAUAAAUAGUAUUUCUUGCUGUAGGUGAUUAGUGAUUAGGGUAUCCCAUACUCGUUGAGAAGCCAAGCGCGCGAAUAGUUUUUAGCAUUGAUUAGACACACUCAAGGGCAAACGAUUUUUUGUUCGUUCGUCCGUUCGUUCGUUGUACAUGUUUCCAUUAAUUUAUUGCCUAAACGAUUAAUCUAAGCCAGCAGCAGCGUGGUCUCAACCAGCGCGCCAAGAUACAACUAUAUAUUAUAUUAAGGCAGACUCUAACCCACGUUUUGUGUCAAAGGCUCGAUUCUCUAUCUCUCUCUUUUUUGCGUUUAAGAGUCGUUCAAAAUAGCAAUAGCGGAUAACAUUCCUUUACAUAGGUAUUUUAUUUUCUCUAAACGAUUAAGACACAGGAUAGCAAGCAAAACAAACGCGCGCCAUUAUUGUAGUGCUUCAUCCAUUUAUUUUUGUAUGAUAGAUUAUUUUCUUAUAUUUUUGUAAAAAGAUGUUCUGAAGCAAUCGUUUUUCGAUGUAUCGUUCGACAGUAGAGUAGAAGUAUGUGUAAGCGUUCGGGUCCGAUCACUUUUCAGAUGGUUUUGAAAUUUUGAAGAGUUACGGAUGAGAUCUUCCUGAAAACAGGAAAACUCAGAAAAAUAUUUGAGCAAAAUUUUGUUUAUGCGAAGGGUUGUUGUUAUGUACCUAGAUUGGGCUAGAAAUGGCGAUUGAAAAUGCGAUCAUUCUCAUAAACUUCACAACAAACAUACAACAUUUCAAUAUAAUACCAACGAAGUGUGUCAAGUAACUGCGUGAUUCAGUUUAAAGAUUGCCACUAUUUGAACAGAACACUUUCCGAGAUAUUUAAUAAAUAAUGAGGGAAAAAUGAGCCGAGUGUUUGUUGAACUUUUUUUUUUUCGAAAAUGAAACAAGCAAAGUUUAUCAUUUCAUGUUUCUUUAUUUCAAAUGACUGCCCUUCACAAACUGAACCACGCAACAGCUUGACAUUCUCUCAGUAUGAAAAUAAUUAGUGUUUCCAGAUCUAUUUCCGGAAAUUUCUAAACAAAAGAUUGGGAGUUCUUAAACUUUUCCGCUUUUAAAUCGUCUAGCACCUCGGUUACAGCUUCCUUGGCAAUUUCUGUGUCGUGGAUUCCUUUGAGGUGAGACUUUUUGGGAAUGAGGAAAAAUUGCUGGGGCGAGAUGAGGAUGAAACUAUAGGAAGGGUGCAAUUUUUUUGGUACCUUUUCACGCAAAAAACUCCAUAAUGAGAAUGUAGAUAUAACCAUGUUUGACGAGUUCAGAACUGAAGAUGCGAAACAAAAAUGUUAGAAAAUAAGUUAACUUCCAGAAUGAAGUGAAUGACAUUAUUAUCUCUCGUCACUCGCGGUGCAGAAUAAGGGGAAUUGCCACAAAUAUCGACAAAAAAAAAUCAGUGUUGUCAUCAGUCGUGAUCAGUGUUGCAACCUGUACAGAUUUAACUGAAGAGGUACAGAUUUUUUCGGUACAGAUUCUGUAAGGUACAGAUUACAUAUUUGUGUCCUAAAGUACAGAAUUUUUUUUGAUUAUUAAAUUUAUAACACAUGGGGCUGGUCAGGCAAGCGAGAACAAGAUUCGGUUUCAAUGAUUCGACUCUCAAGGUUGCUGCAAUUUUAUUCCUAGAAACGUUCCCAAUCUGAGCUGAAUAUCGUCCCCCAAAAGUAAAGUUGCUCCGUAAUGAAAUCACUGUUGCAUGAUCAUUGGACGAAAAUCAGAUGCCUAAGAAGAAUUGAAUUUCGCUAGCAUUUUCGCAUUUUCGACACUUCGAUUUCACUUUCAGUAUUCUUACUAUGGAGCAAUUCGACGCCAAAUCAGUCAGUCGCUGCCCCUACCCUUCCCUUUUUUUAAACUUUAUACCUAUGGUGACAGCUACUCACUCACAUUUCAUUAGAAAAUUCAUUUAAUUCAACAAAGAUUAAUCAUUUAAUUCAACAAAGAUUAAUGUUGUAUCGGGUCUCACUAAAAUGAAGAUAUUAAUUUUUGAAAAAUAUGAAAUUUCGAUACUAGCGGCAAUAAUCAUUUAUGAGAAGUAAUGUAAAAAAAUGGAAUUCACAUAUUUUUCUACAAUAAUGACUUAAUAUAAAAAACCAGUCGUAUUUUGAACUGGGAAUAUGAUAAUCAGAGAUUGAUUCCCUCGGCUGAAAAUCUCCUUAAUGACAUAAAAAAAUGUGAUAAUGGAAAUCGUGAUUUGACGUUAUAUACAAUGUUUUUUUUUUUUAAUGGAAUUGCGUCAAAAUCGGCUGAUUUUCGGCUGAUUUGGCGUGCGAUUGCUCUAUGUGUCAUAUCGAUCGAACUUGUUCUGAUUGUAACAACAACAAAACUAAGCCUCUAAAUCGGCUUAGCAGUGGCACGAUGAACGCAAUUUGAGCAUUCGUGAAGAAGCUUAUAACAAUCAAUAGUAAGCGGUCUAGGUUUAGCACGAAUAUGUAGGAGAGUGGGGGAAUACGGACCUAUUAAGAAGAACUCCGAAAAUAUAUUUUAAUACUCAUGUUUCCCAAAACAUAAAUGCAGUUUCUUGCAAUUCAAUAUACUGCUUUUCGAUUUGAUCGGCCAAAAAAGUGUUUUAUAUUUGUUUUGAUUGAAUUAAAACAGACCGAAAAGUACAACUUUUCUUCGAUGCGAUUUUCAACGGACAUGUGGUGGGAGCAAUACGGACAGAUUCAUACGAAGCGCAGGAGUUUAUCGCCUGCAGGAGGAAUUAUUCCGCUGUAUCUAAUUGAUUGUCUGCCCAGCAACUGAAAUAGAACAACCAGAGACAGUGACAGAAAAAAGAGCUGUAUACACUUUCCAUCAUGCAUCGGGUCCCUGCAAACAUUAAAUCGUAUAACUAGCGUAUAUACAGCGUCACAUAUCCCGUAAUUUGCGUAUCAGUUUGGACAAAUAUACAACUCAAACAAUCCAUCUAGUACGACUAUUAUCAUACGUAUAUACGAUUUGUUACAGACAAAUAAAAAACAUAUGGCGGAUAAUAUUCGUGAGUAUAUAUGCAGCCAUCCCAUGCCAGACCAAUAUAGUGGUUCUCAGAUUUUCAUGAAAAGUGGUAUUUUUGUUCUUUACCGCUAAACAUUAGACCCACAUUUUUCUAUUUUUUCAUUAAGGUGACCAUUGCCAUUUUAGAGUCGUUUUUGAACCACUGUACCGAUUUAGAUGAUCGGCAUAUCAAAUUGAAGCCAAUGAGACAGCUUUUUUUGCAAAAUAAUAACUCAAAAACCAAUAAUAAUACCUUUCUGAUUUUCGGAAAUAUUAUGUGAAAAAACCAGAAAAAAUAUAAAAAAAUAUACUUCUACUCAUGAAAACAAUAAAAAACUACAAUCUACAAUCUACAAUCAAUAAUUACGAAAAUUUCAUCCAUUUUAUUAGCAAGUUUAAUAUUUUUAAUAAUUGGCUUCAAUUUGAUAUGGCGAUCAUCUAAAUCAAAUGGUGCAGGGUUCAAAAGUGAAUUUGAAUUUUUGAAAAAAAGUAAUUUUUGGGAAAAGUGGAAAAAAUUGAUUUUUCAGACCACCCUAAAAUGAAAAUGGACACCCCAAUAGAAAAAUAUAAAAAAUACGGGUCUGAUGUUUUGCGAUAAAGAACAAAAUUACCAUGUUUGAUGAAAAUCUGAGAAGCACUAUAUCGGUUUGGCAUGAAAUGGCUAUAUGAGCAUAUUUAUGUUUAUAGAAAUAGAGAAUAUUCAAUUGACUUUUAGAGAGAGAUUUGACAUUCCCUCUCCGCUGAUGGUUAGUCACCUUUCCUUCCGUCUUCAGCUUUAGCUUGGACGACCAGGACCAGGAUUCCGUUCCAUGCUCGCACUCUUCUCCAGAAGUGUAGGGAUAUUAUAGAUAACGGAACGGGUGUCUCAAAAGCAGACUCAGGGUUGCCACAUUCAAUUCUGUAAAAUUUUCUGAAAAAAUCUGUUCGUCUUUUUUUUAGUCAAAAAAUCUGUAUCGAAAAAGUUAAGGGAACAAAAUGAAAGUGAAGGUUUAUUUUAACUUUUUUUUCUUUUAUAUGGGUUGUUCAAGUCGUGUCAGUACAACAAAAUAAAUCGUAGAAAAGUUUUUCGCCUCUGAACUGUAUGAUGUUUUUACAUGGUUUUGUUGAACCUUGCCUUCAAACAUUCUUUCAACUUCAUCCUUAGCUCUCCUCCUCGAGCCGAUACAUAGGUCUUCGCUUUCAAAAAAUAUUCCUUAAUUGUGGGAGCCAACCGGACUUUGUUUUGUUGGCAUUGUAAAACAAAAAUUUUCACUCAACACAUGCUGAUUUAUCCCUUUUGUUUAUUUUAGGCUCAUUGGCGUUUUAGCUGUAACAGAGCCGAAUUUUAAUCGUGUACAUGUCACAUAUUUAUCAUAUCUAUAAUUAGCACAUUACACAGUUGCCAUUUUUCGGCGUUAGAGUAUUCCCUUCUAUACCAUUGCACAUGGUACAAAUUUACACAGUAGCCAUUUAGGCGUAAGAGUUUUCUAUCUGUUCUUCCAUUAUCCAGUUAAGACUGGACAGCGGAGACAGUCGUUGAUCCAUUGUUGAGUUAUUUAUAGAACAGCAGCCCGAUGUUUCUUGCAGAGCAGAGCAGUUGUAUGGAUGAAUCGAUCUUAUUUCGACCGUGGAUCGAUCUCCAUCGCUGAUGAUUGUUGCGUGGACGUAGUUAUUCUGUAACAACACAAAGAUGGUCAAUGGGGGUCCUGAGUUUUGAACUCACGAUCGAAACACAUGCUGAUGAAUGUAAUCAAAAAUGUCGUACAAACGACCUUAGCAAUGGAUACAAAAAAUUCCCUAUCGCGCCUUUCAUCCAACAUCCAACAGCUAAGACCAAGUUAUAUCCGAGUCAAUCAAUUUUUGCCCCAUAAGAUUCGGCUUGAGCAAUCUGAAUUCGUUAUCCAAGCCCUGUCUAUUACCUUCUUCGACGAAUUGAGGAAAUUGGCGCAUCAAACAAAAUUUGAGGGUUUGCCAAGGCCGCAGUUAUGUUUCAUCAGUUCAAUAUAGAAGUCACGACCAAACGAUUUGAAGAUCAACUUCCUAGCUGCAGCCAAUCCUUUUUCAGCUUCUCCUGCUUCGAUACCAUCGCAAACAUCCUCAGGCUUCUUCAGAAAGUCUUCAAAAUCUUUCACAUCAAUGUCAGCAUCAGUUGCACGUAACUCUCCACGCAUAAGUUACCAAACAUGAUCAACAAUAACAUUCUUAUCUCAUUAUAAAGUUCAUAAAAUUGAGAACUUUCUGAUUGAAAAGUGCGAUUUACGUUAUUGAUGAGCGGUAGAACAAUGUUUAGGAACAGCAUAAUGGGUUUAGUUCUAGAAUCGUUUAAAAGAGUCAAUAUACGAUUGGCGGAUUGAUUAUUGUCAUACUUAACUUGGAACGAAAAAUAAAGUUUAACCUCUUCAAAUCGCUCAAGAUUUCGCUUAACAACCUCCAACGAAAACCAUCUCGUUGCGGUGCGUUCAUCAUUUUUAUAAAUCAAGGUAUCCACGAGGUCUGUUCAAAAAGUAUCGCGACUUUCGAAUUUACGCGGGUUCGGUAUAUUCGAUUCUAUAUUUUUUGUGGCAUUAUGUUGGUACUCAUGUCUCUCACUUAUGAUGACAUGUACGGCUAUUUUGAAUGUUCAGUUAAUUUUUCACAACUGAUUUUCUUACACGUGUUUUGGUUCAUCUUCGAUUUUUGCCCAUUGCAAUACGUACAAAGCAUGUAGCGCAGUCGAUUUCCAAUAACUUCCGCAGUUCAACUGAUAGCGCUGUCAAAUUUUGUUUGAAAACUCACGGGUUACUGUGAUUGGCGAUGCAUAAGUGGUCUAAGCACCAAGCGUAAAGGUGAACAAUCGCUAUGUGUUCGUGGCUUGUCGAGUGCAUUUCAGCUGACUUGUACACUGGUGGAAAUAUAUAUAACGCCAUCCCUGUUAUAGUGCUUUUUUGCAAAGUUCUCGAUCAAAGAUAUUUUGUUAUUGUAUUUUUAGAAUCUUAGAACGAUUACCUAUCAUUUGGUUCCGGUUGAGCUAUUGAAUUAAAGGGCUAUGCGUAAAGUGUUGAUUUAUUUCGUUAUUUUGAGGUGGAAAUAAAUAUAACACCACUUUGAAAAUAAGUAUUUAUUCACUUUAUUUCCAGUCUAAAAUCGAAACAAAUGUAAUUAGUAGUGUGUUGCUUCGCCUUUCUUCACAAUAACCUCUUGCAGCCUCCUCGAUAUAGAUUGAAUGAGGGAUUUUACCGUGUUCGGAGUAAUUUUAGCCCACUCGUUUGUGAUAGUUUUUUUUCAGCUGUCCAGCAGUUUCAAAUUUCUUGCCCUGUGCAAAUACAUUUGCAUUUUCGUCCAUAACGUCUUCCAUAAAAGGAAUCAAAAGCUCCUCCAGCAAUUCGCAGUACUUCUCGGAAUUCAUUCUUGUUGAUAUGAAGCAGAUUGGAGUUUUCCCAGCGUCACUGAUGCCUGCCCAAACCAUUACGGUUACUCCUCCGAAGUUGUGAGAUUCUCUUGUUGGUUUUUUCUUCCGUUUAUCUUGCCAACAGUCAGCAGAACCGUCAGGACCGUCCAAAUUAAACUUUUUCUCAUCGCUGGAAACCAUUCUAGACCACUCUUCAUCCCAGAAUUGGAAUUUCUCGGCGAAAUUCAGUCGUGCCUUCUUAUGCCGAGGAAGUAGUCGCGGUACAGGUACGGAUUUCCUGUACGAAAGGUUCUGUUAAGCGAGGACGUCGUCCGGGACGCUUCUAUGUGGCGUACUGAGCACCCAACCGGAUAUAGUUUGUCACGGUAUCUCUGUUCCUUCCAAUUUUACGCGCUAUCUCGCGGAGAGAAAAUCCUUCCUCCUUCAAAACAUCGAUUUUACCACGCUCCUUCUCCGUUAAAAUCGUUCCCUUCGGCAUGGUCCUUGAAAAUUGGAAUAAUAUAUUACUUAAAAUGUGCCUAUGCUUUUCUCUAUUUGCUAACAACCUUUAAUAGACUUGACUCCCAGUUAUUUUCGAAUUACACUAACGUUAAGCGUAAGUAAACGAGCUAGGCUAAGUAAACGACAUGGUGGCGUUAUAAAUAUUUCCAUCUCAAAAUACACAAAACAAGUGUAUACUAGUGUGCGUACAAUAAUAAACCUACGGAAUUGACAGUUACACUGAUGCAAAAGCUAACAUCAAAAAUAAUUGUGGCGUUAUAUAUAUUUCCACCAGUGUAGUUCUUACGUGGUUGUCCCUCACUGUAGUACAUUUCAAACAAAUACAACCUCGCAAUAUGGGUGAGAAUGUGAAAUUGAUCGCCUUUAGCCAUUGAUUAAAAUAAUUUCUUUCAACGUGGAAUAACCGAAACAUUUGCCGUAAUACGAUAGAAGAAUUUUGUUCUUACGAGUUUGUUAACGUAACGUAAUGUUUGCAGCAAAAACGCUGCUUAAAAAGUAAUUGUUACUGAAGCUGCAAAUCGCUUCCACACUACUCUCAGAGCAUGUUUUGGUCUAAAUGAGCUGUGGUGGGAGAUUUUUAAAAACGACCUUUUCAAAAUGGUGCCUAGAAUAUUAUUUUAUAAAAAUGUGAAAGGUAUUCGUUGGUAUUCGUUUGUUGGAAAACAUUGAAAAACGAAUGUGUCAAAAGUAGCCCGAGAUGACGGCAUCAAAUUUUCAAAAAAUAUGAAGAGAAUUUCGUAUUCAAAUUCGUAUAUUCCCAUUCAUACAAAGAAAAAUAAUUAAAUGAAACAAGUACGGUAAGUACAUGGCAGAUUUACUUCACCAGAAUAUGUCCCCAAUGACACAAAAAGACUAAGCAAUUGUGUUCCCAUGAGGCUGAAAAAUAUGUUGUGCUACGAAAAGUUCCAAUUCAUGAAUGUUCCGUUCAAUUAACAUCUCGAAUUAAUAAAAUUCCACUGCAAGGUAUGCUGCGUUCUGUUUUGUCGCAUACCGAUUUGUUUCUACUCGUCUCUGCAAAGAACUCAAGUUUUAGGAACGUAUAUAUUGACUUUUUUCAUCGAAUGAUUUUUCAUUCUAAAUUAUUGUGAUGAUACUGAUAUAAUUGAUCUCAAUGCUGAGUGAUGAUACUGAUAUCGAAACUGCGUUUUGUCGGUCCUCGCCAAUAGCCAAUAUUUAUCAGAAAUGAAAUUUUCAGGAAUAUUUGCCACAGAGUUUAUAUUAUUCAAGAAAAAUCAAUUAACAAGUUUGGCAGAAUGUUAAAAAUGUAUUCAAAAGUGUUCGAAAAGUGAUCAGACCCGGUUUUUUUGUGAUUCUGUCUGCGAUACCAACACAGACAGAAUCAAUGGUAACAACAUUCUAAAACACCUAAACAAGAAACGAGAAAUAACACAAACAGAUUCAUGAAAUGCGUGUGUUGUUGCGUACGCGAGAAACCAACCGAUCAGAAUGGUAGCAUAAAAUCAAACUAAUUUAAUCAACCAAAAUCUGUAUUCUAAAACUCUACCAUCUCUAUCGUGAUUGGAUAGGGGUUUGCAUCAGCGCACGAUGCAAAGUAUUUGCAUUCGCGCGUUUCACUAGGAUCAAUCUUUAUCACCCCUGUUUUGAGAGAAGGAGCAUGAGAGGGUCAGUUUGUCGGAACGGUGUUUGGUGAUAAUCUAAAAAUCUGUUUCUGUCAAGGAGGAGAUUUCAAAUAACUGACAAGAUAUAAUUAUAUAACUCGGUUCCUUUAUAUUUUCCUUCGUAAAAAUACUUGCUCUCGGUGGUGAUUCCGCUACCCGAAAAAAAUUAGAAUUGUGUUCAUUAAACCAUAAAUAAAGUGCCACACAGCGAUUCCUCUGCUCCUUCUCUCACCGAUUAGCAAACAAGAAACAGAAGUGAAAUUAACUUAGAACAAGACCAAACAUAUAUCAAUGAAGGGAAGGAGAAAACUGAUAUCACACUCUAAUCACAAUUUAAAAUAAUUUAGAACAAACAAACAAACAAACAUAUGAAUCAAUUCAUGCAGAAAUGAACAACUCACCCAUACACACAUACAUUAGUACGAUAAUUGGAAUUAAAUGACUAGGGCGCAAAACGCCAUUGCUAGUGAAGGCAGAAAAACUAUUACUUAUACGAGAUACAAAUAAGCAAACAAAAAAAAAACACACACACACAACCACUUUGAAUAAGAAAUCGAAUUGCAAUGGAUGAAGAACGAAUAGUGUUCUGUUCGCAUGACAGCAGUAAUUAAACAGUGUAAUUCGUAAGUAUUUAAACGGAGAAUGCACACAGAGACACACACCAACAAAGGGGGCGCUCGAUUCUGCCGCGUCCAGUUUCGAACGCGGACGACUAUUUAUUAUUAUGAACUAAACUAUUAUUAAAAUUAUUGAAAAUAUUAUUAUUAAUGAUGAUGAUUAUUAUUACAAUUAGUGAGGUGUAGAUGGUAGCGAAAAUUAUACACAUUGAUACUAAACGAACGUUGGGCGCCGAGAUUGAUAUGGAUAACAAAACAAACCGCUGAAAGCAGUGGAAAAGCGUCUUAUAUACACAAAACCCAUACACACAUACACACACAUAGAAGAACGGAAACAUGCAUUCAAUUGCAUCGAAGAAAAAAACACCGAAAAUAGAAUAAAACGCAUUGGGUGGGGGUGUUACAAUUGGGAGGGAUGACAGUUUUCCCGACUUGUGCUCUUUCAUAGUUUUUGUAUAGUUUCGAGGGGGCGCAAAAUCUGUGUAACGUGGUUCAAAAAUCGGUAUAUUUUUGAUAGAGAUUGUUAUUGCUUAAUAGAUUGUUUUUAAACUAUAAUUUUCCAACAUUUUUUACAAAAACAACAAAAAAAGGAGAAGAUCAUUAAUCUGAUUCAAGUGUGUGUAUAGUUUGAGGGCAACAUUAGACACAGUUGUUCCCCACUGCGAAAGUGCGCGGAGCAAAACAUAUUUCCAUUUUUUUAAAAUAGUUUUGUUUUUACAAUUUUUCCGUUCCGAUGUAAAUAUAUAUUUUGAAGCCGAUUUUAUAUCAACUUUGUGAAAGACAAAACAUAGAACGGAGCGAAGAUAAUUCGGGAGAAUUAAUCGUUGACUUAUAUGAAAUGAGAAAACAAAAAAAAAACAUAAAAAAACACAUUCAUAUGAACAAGGAAGAACAAAAGAAAAUAAAAAUAGUUAAUUUAA